AUGGGACCUUUCGUUGACCUGACUAGCGAUGCGGACGGCAACGAGAAGAGGUCCGCUCUGGUUCCCACGAUCCCCUCGAAAUAUCUCACCCACAGUGUUGCACCCUUUGACCAGCGCAAGGAUGAAUGGCUCGAGGGUCUUCGGUUGCAAAGCGUUGACCUCGCAAUGGAUAUGGGGCCAUACCAUGUAGCCUUUCAGUCUAAGUUUGCCGACUUCAAGAGCCCCUGGACCCCUCGGUCAUACCUUGUCAAACUGGGUGGUAAAAGAAUAUGGAUUCAUGGCCAGAAGUUGCGCAAUGUCUCCCAAUUAGAAGACGGGGCAGUUCGCCUCCACAGCCGCGGCUACCUCUGGGGCCAGAAGAAGUUAAAUGCCAUCAGUCGGAUUCUAUUUCCAGAUCGCGGCAGGCUUGACGAAACGAACAUCAUCACAAACAGGGUGGUGUCAACAGGCGUAUAUGUCUGGCUCGGCGCGUCAGUGAACCGAUUGGAUUACCAGUAUGCUUACGCAUUCACAACCGAAAUACCAGCGACACCCGACACUCUACGACAGCCGCCGCACGAGUAUCCAAGCAUCAAGGCCUGUAUUACACCAAUGGACAGUUUCCAGGAGUACCACGGAGUGCCGCCCCCGAAGGAUGGGCACUUUGAGAGUCCUGAGGCUAGGAAAAACUACGAAGCAGAAGCUUGCCAAUUUCGUAACUGCCUUCUUGCGAGAAAUGGAAAUUGUAAUUGCCUGGACAAGAAAAUAUAUUCCUAG